AUGGGAAAAGAAUUGGGGAGAAUUCCCUUGCUGUGUCACGAAGAACUUGGCCUAAUCCUCACCAAGCUCAGCGACGCAGGUGACAGAAAAACCUUCUCCCAGGUCUGCAAGGAAUGGUUUCAAGUCGAGGCUCUACACCGAUCAUCACUCCGUCUUCUCCGACACCAAUUUCUCCGUCAGGUACUCCCUAGAUUCCCAAAUUUACUCACAUUCGAAACCUCCGAGCCUGUCACCGACGCUGACGUCGAAUUCUUAGCCCAAACAUGCCCCCAACUCGAGACCAUUGACCUUACUACGUCAGGUCAUAAACCCUUCAGUCUCUUGGGGUUUGGUCUAGUGGUGGUAGCAAAUAGAUGUCCAAAACUAUCCAAGGUCUUGCUUAAAAGGAGAAGGUCUAUUACUGAUCCCGUAAUUGUUUCGCUCAUAAAGUUAGCACCCAAUUUGGCACAUUUGGAUUUGGGAGGUUGUUAUAACAUCUCGGAUAGAGCCCUCAAAGCAAUUGGGUGUUGUGGUUCACUUAGCUAUUUAGAUUUGGAAUCGUGUGGUUUCACGGAUCGUGGAUUGGGUUUUCUUGCAAAUGGGUCUUGCUCGAAAACGUUAAAGACAUUGAUACUAGCUUGGUGUAAGGGAAUUACUGAUGUUGGGGUCUCAAGUUUGCAGAAAAUGCAAUGCUUGGAGCACCUGAAUUUGUCCAACAGUUCGAGGCAUAAGAUCACUGACAUUGGGGGUGUCGCAAUCUCGGCCAUUAAGACCCUUAAGAAAUUGAACUUGGCUGCGCUGGCCAAACUGUCCAACCGCACAGUUGCUGCUCUGGCUCAGAAUUGCCCCAACUUGGAGGUGCUUGAUAUAAGUGAAUGUAGGUUGUUAACUGGAGCUGGUAUUCGUGCAUUUUCGGGUCAUUUGUGCUUGGAAACGAUUGUUUUGCAUCGUCUUCAUCAAGUUAGCGCAUCUGAUUUGGAACACUUGGUGCUGGGAUGCCCGUCAUUGAAGUCUAUACUUCUGCAUGGUGAGGAGAGUUUGAGCAAGAUAUUGCCCCUGAUGCGAGAGAGCACUAGAAGACUCGUGAGGAUGGGUAGCGCUUUUCCAACCUAUUCCUCAAAAUAG